AUUAAAAAAACCAGCAAUGAAUGCCGACCGCUGCUUUAUCGUUUUCUUUCUGGAUGAGGAACAGAAAGCCCCUUUGGCCAAUGCCCUGACUACUUUUUAAAUUUUGUUGGCGAACUGCCUUGGAUAUCUAUUUUUCUAGAAAUCGUGGAGUGUUUCAGGGAACCACUACAACGAAAGGAACAGAAACUCUCCGUUUUGUAUCUUUUAAAUCCCGAUUUUUUUAAAAAAAGAAACCUCUUAAGUACAAAGCAUGGAGAAUGAAAUAUUCACGCCUCUUUUGGAGCUCUUCAUGUCCAGCCCUCUUGUUACAUGGGUUAAGACAUUUGGACCCUUAGCUGGAGGAAAUGGAACGAACUUGGAGGAGUAUGUUGUGCUUGUGGAUGGAGUUUUCUUGAAUGAAGUCAUGCUGCAAAUCAAUCCCAAAGCUACCAGUCAGAGAGUAAAUAAGAAAGUCAACAAUGAUGCAUCACUGAGAAUUCAAAAUCUGUCUAUUUUGGUGAGGCAGAUUAAAUCAUACUAUCAGGAGACUUUGCAGCAGUUGAUUAUGAUGGCUUUGCCAAAUGUCUUAAUAAUUGGCAAGAACCCUUUUUCAGAACAAGGUACUGAAGAAGUUAAAAAGCUACUUCUACUCCUGCUUGGCUGUGCAGUUCAGUGUCAGAAGAAAGAAGAAUUCAUUGAAAGAAUACAGAGUUUAGACUUUGAUAUAAGAGCAGCUGUUGCUGCCCACAUACAAGAGGUGACACAUAAUCAGGAAAAUGUUUUUGAUCUGCAGUGGAUGGAAGAUGGUGCUCUGUCACAAGAGUAUAUUGAGCCCCUCCUAAAAAAUAUGGCAUUGCAUUUAAAAAGACUUAUAGAUGAAAGAGAUGAGCAUUCUGAGACUAUCAUAGAGCUGUCUGAAGAACGAGACUCUCUCCAUUUUCUACCUCAUGCAUCAGCGGCACAAUCACCUUGUGGAUCUCCGGGCAUGAAACGUACUGAAAGCAGACAGCAUUUAUCAGUGGAGCUAGCAGAUGCCAAAGCAAAGAUCAGAAGACUUAGACAAGAGCUUGAGGAAAAGACUGAACAGUUGCUGGAUUGUAAACAAGAACUGGAACAGAUUGAAGUUGAAUUAAAGAGACUACAGCAAGAGAAUAUGAAUUUGCUUUCGGAUGCACGUUCUGCCAGAGUGUACCGAGAUGAGCUAGAUGCUCUCAGAGAGAAGGCGAUCCGUGUUGACAAACUUGAAAGUGAAGUCAGCAGAUACAAAGAGAGGCUACAUGAUAUUGAAUUCUACAAGGCUAGAGUGGAGGAACUCAAAGAAGAUAAUCAAGUAUUGUUGGAAACAAAGACAAUGUUGGAAGAUCAGUUGGAGGGGACCCGGGCUCGUUCAGAUAAGUUGCAUGAACUGGAGAAGGAAAAUUUACAAUUAAAAGCUAAACUACAUGAUAUGGAGAUGGAGCGUGAUAUGGAUCGGAAGUUACGGAAGAAAAUUGAGGAACUUAUGGAGGAAAACAUGACUCUAGAAAUGGCUCAGAAGCAAAGUAUGGAUGAGUCACUUCAUCUUGGAUGGGAACUUGAACAAAUAAACAGAUCCAGUGAACUAUCCGAAGUGCCACGAAAAUCCCUUGGACAUGAGGUGAAUGAACUGGCAUCGAGUAGGUUACUGAAACUGGAAAUGGAAAACCAAAGUUUGCUAAAGACUGUGGAAGAGCUACAAAGUACAGUGGGAUCUGUAGAAGGCAGUAAUUCAAAACUUAUGAAAAUGGAAAAGGAAAACCAGAGACUAAGUAAAAAGCUGGAAGGACUUGAGAAUGAACUUAGUGAAGAGAAGCAAAGUCUUCAAAACAGUCAGAAUCUAAGCAAAGAUCUGAUGAAAGAGAAAGCGCAGCUUGAAAAGACAAUUGAAACUCUGCGAGAAAACUCAGAGAGACAGAUUAAAAUGCUGGAACAGGAGAAUGAGCAUUUGAAUCAAACAGUGGCUUCCCUCAGACAGCGCUCACAAAUCAGUGCCGAAGCAAGAGUUAAAGAUAUUGAGAAGGAAAAUAAAAUUCUCCAUGAAUCUAUCAAAGAGACAAGCAGUAAAUUAAAUAAGUUAGAAUUUGAAAGGAAGCAAAUUAAAAAAGAAUUGGAACACUAUAAAGAGAAGGGAGAAAGAGCAGAUGAGCUAGAGAAAGAAGUUCAACAUCUUGAAAAAGAAAAUGAAUUGUUACAGAAAAAGGUUACAAAUUUAAAGAUCACGUGUGAAAAAAUAGAUACUUUAGAAGAAGAAAACUCCAGUUUGGAUAUGGAAAAUAGAAAGAUGAAAAAGACUUUAGAUAGCCUGAAAAAUCUUAGCUUUCAGCUAGAGUCCUUAGAAAAGGAGAAUGCACAACUUGAUGAAGAGAAUUUGGAACUCAGAAGAACAGUUGAAUCUUUGAAGAGUAUAAACAUCAAGAUGGCUCAGUUACAAUUAGAAAACAAAGAAUUGGAAAGUGAGAAACAGCAGCUUCAGAAGAGCCUGGAGCUUAUGAAAACAUCUUGUAAGAAGACUGAGCGUUUAGAAGUCAGUUACCAAGGUCUGGAUACUGAAAACCAAAGGCUGCAGAAAGCCCUUGAAAACAGCAACAAAAAGAUCCAGCAUUUAGAAAGUGAACUACAAGAUCUAGAGACAGAAAAUCAAGCCCUACAAAAAAAUUUAGAAGAACUCAAAAUUUCUAGUAAACGUUUGGAACAAUUGGAGAAAGAAAAUAAACUUUUGGAGCAAGAAACCUCUCAACUGGAGAAAGAUAAAAAACAACUGGAGAAAGAGAACAAGAGACUACGACAACAAGCAGAUAUUAAAGACAGCACUUUAGAAGAAAACAAUGCAAAAAUCUGUAACCUGGAAAAGGAGAACAAGUCACUCAUUAAAGAAAUUGGUGUAUGUAAAGAAGCUUCCAUACGGCUAAAAGAACUUGAAAAAGAAAAUAAAGAACUUGUGAAGAGAGCCACCAUUGACAAGAAAACACUUGUCACAUUGCGAGAGGAUUUGGUGAAUGAAAAACUGAAGACGCAGCAGAUGAAUAAUGAUUUAGAGAAGCUUACACAUGAACUUGAAAAGAUUGGUUUGAAUAAGGAGCGCCUCUUGCAUGAUGAGCAGAGUAGUGAUGACAGUAAAUACAAACUGUUGGAGUCAAGGUUAGAAUCCACAUUGAAGAAAUCACUUGAAAUAAAAGAAGAAAAAAUUGCUGCUUUGGAAGCUCGGCUAGAAGAAUCAACAAAUUUAAACCAACAGCUGCGCCAGGAACUUAAAACAGUUAAAAAGAAUUAUGAAGCACUCAAACAAAGACAAGAGGAGGAGAAAAUGGUACAGAACUGUUCUCCAAGAACUGGAGAAGAAAGUCAGUCUAUUAAUAAAUGGGAGAGAGAAAGUCAGGAAACUACUAGAGAACUUUUGAAGGUUAAAGAUAGAUUAAUUGAAGUUGAGAGAAAUAAUGCAACACUGCAGGCAGAGAAGCAAGCCCUGAAAACACAACUAAAGCAACUUGAGACACAGAACAAUAAUCUGCAAGCUCAGAUUUUGGCACUUCAGAGACAGACAGUUUCCUUACAAGAGCAAAAUACAACUCUACAAACUCAGAAUGCCAAGCUUCAGGUAGAAAAUUCCACUAUUAAUUCACAAAGUACAUCUCUUAUGAAUCAGAAUGCACAGCUGCUGAUUCAGCAGUCUGCCUUAGAAAAUGAAAAUGAAUCUAUAAUUAAGGAACGAGAGGAUUUGAAAUCACUGUAUGAUUCACUAGUCAAAGAUCACGAGAAACUGGAACAGCUUCAUGAACGGCAAGCUGCAGAAUAUGAAUCUUUAAUUUCUAAACAUGGAAAUCUUAAGUCAGUGCAUAAAAACCUUGAAAUGGAACAUAAGGACUUAGAAGACAGAUAUAAUCAGCUGCUGAAACAAAAAGUGCAAUUAGAAGAACUGGAGAAAGUUCUCAAAGCAGAACAAGAGAAGAUGGUACAGCAGAACAAAAAGCAUGAAACUGUAGCUGCAGAAUACAAAAAGCUUUGUGAGGAAAAUGACAGGUUAAAUCAUACAUACACCCAGCUUUUGAGAGAGAAUGAAGUUCUCCAAAUGGAUCAUAAGAAUUUGAAAACACUUCUGAACAAUUCUAAACUGGAACAAACAAGAUUAGAAGCUGAAUUUUCCAAGCUCAGAGAACAGUACCAGCAACUGGAUAUUAAGCAUACAAAACUGAAUAAUCAGUGUGAGUUGCUUAGCCAGUUGAAAGGAAACUUGGAGGAAGAAAACAGGCAUCUGUUGGAUCAAAUACAAACAUUAAUGCUACAAAAUAGAACAUUAUUGGAGCAGAAUAUGGAAAGUAAAGAUCUUUUCCAUGUUGAACAGAGACAGUAUAUUGACAAGCUAAAUGAAUUAAGAAGACAAAAAGAGAAAUUGGAAGAAAAGAUUAUGGAUCAGUAUAAGUUUUAUGAACCAUCACCGCCAAGAAGGAGGGGUAAUUGGAUUACUCUGAAAAUGAGGAAGCUGAUAAAAUCUAAGAAGGAUGUUAACAGAGAACGUCUCAAGUCUCUUACUCUGACACCUACCCGCUCAGAAUCUAGUGAAGGAUUUCUUCAGCUGCCCCAUCAGGAUAGUCAAGAUAGCUCUUCGGUGGGCUCAAACUCACUUGAUGAUGGUCAGACCGUGGGGACCAAAAAAAGCAGCAUGGUUGCACUGAAAAGACUGCCCUUUUUGAGGAACAGACCGAAGGAAAAAGACAAAAUGAAGGCCUUCUACCGUCGCUCCAUGUCCAUGAAUGACCUGGUGCAGUCCAUGGUCCUAGCAGGAGGACAAUGGACAGGUAGUUCUGAGCAUCUGGAGGGUCCUGAUGAUAUAUCUACGGGUAAAAGGAGAAAAGAAUUGGGAUCUAUGGCCUUCUCUACUACAUCCAUCAACUUUGCAACUGUCAACUCUGCUGCAGGCUUGAGAUCCAAGCAGUUGCUUAAUAAUAAAGAUGCUACAUCUUUUGAAGAUGUAAGUCCACAAGGAAUUAGUGAUGAUUCUAGUACUGGAUCAAGAAUUCAUGCUUCGAGACCAGCCAGCCUUGAUAGUGGCAGAACAUCCACUAGCAAUAGCAAUAAUAAUGCCUCACUCCAUGAAGUCAAAGCAGGUGCAGUCAAUAAUCAAAGCAGGCCACAAAGCCACAGCAGUGGAGAAUUUAGCCUGCUUCAUGAUCAUGAAGCAUGGUCCAGCAGCAGCAGCAGUCCUGUCCAGUAUUUGAAAAGCCACACGAGGUCUAGUCCUAUACUCCAUCAUAAAAUGUCAGAAAAACUGGACAGACAAGGAACCUGGAGAGUUAAGACCGACUCCCCUGGGAGUGAAGUGGUUACCCUGCAACAGUUUUUGGAAGAAAGUAAUAAGGAUAUUUCAACUGAGAUCAAAUCCUCUACCCAAGAGAAUCUGCUGGAUGAAGUAAUGAAAAUUUUCUCUGAAAAUGCUGAAUUAGCAGGAAGAGAUAAACUAAGGAAACACUCGUCAGUCAGCAGUGGUAUCGCCAGAUCGCAGAGUGUGAAAAACACAUCUGACUUCUCUGAUGGAAAAUUAGUGAAACAGGAUCACCUUGCAAGAUCCAAUACACAGAGAAUGGAAGAUCCCAACUUCUUGAACUCUUCAAAAACACUUACAGCAGGGACUAGAGGCAAGACCAAGUCUGUUAAGGAAACCAUACAAAUGAGCCUAUCACAACGACAAUCAAAAGAUUGUAACCCUUACGCUACUUUACCUCGUGCAAGCAAUGUAAUUUCUACAGCUGAAGGAACUACUCGGAGAACAAGCAUCCAUGACUUUUUAUCAAAAGAUCCUAGACAGCCAAUUUCAAUUGACCCAUCUCCACCGACAGUUGACAGAAGCAUCCCAUCAGCUUCUAGUGAGUACAGUCUUCCAAAACAGUCCUUUUGUGUUUUUCAUUAUAAACCUUACACUACAGUUACCCUGUCAGAAAAUGAUUUAGGUAGUAUAGCUAUGUUAGAUUAUUCUGCUCAUGAAUCAGAAGAGCAGAAUUCAAGGACCACCAAGACAAAUUCAAACACUAAAACACUCUCUUGUGGUAGCAUGUACAGUGAAAAGGUAUGCCCAUCAAUAAGCAGUGUAGUGAAAUUCUCUGUAGUCUGUUCAUCCAGGCCAUUUUUGUCACUUAAUGCUGAAUUAGUCAGCAGUGUAAGUGGAUUGCCUGAAAGGCCUGUAUCAAAAGCAAACAAUACAACUUCUGGGUCAUCAGUGAAAGCUGCACAGAAGGAUCAUAAACUACCUUCUGAGAAUCAAUCUGAUGACAGAAAUUUAGAAGUGACUCAGAAUAAUAGUGAAUGUACUGCCCUUGCACAUGAAAACACAAGUGAGAGUAAAUCACCAUUACCACUUUCUGAAGAUACCCAGACUGUUUGGUAUGAGUAUGGUUGUGUAUGA